GUUUUUUACUUUUGAACUGAAAGGUUGGUUGGCCAGCGGCGCCAAAGUAGAAGAAACAGAUGCAAUAGCAAUAGAAAAGUCAGAGGCGACAACUCGGAACGCAGCGAGAGUGACGGCCUCAGUGUGUGUGAAACAAACUUACCCGCCUGCUGAGAUACUACAAAACUUGUUGGUCAUUUUCAAAUCCAAAUGUCAGCUGUUUCAAGCAACAUGUACUAUAAAAGCGGAACAGUGAAACGACGAAAAAGAGCAAAUCGCUUAAGUCCAGGACAACAGGAGGAAGAAGCAAGCUGCUAGCAACCGCUACGAGAGAGCAGCAGCAAUAUUUUGAAGCGAGCUGUGCAAAAAACCACAAAAAAAAAACAGCAACAACAACAAAUACACAUACACUAACACACACAUAUACUCUAAAAUACCAACUGCUGCAGCUAAAACGAAAACAACAAGUGUAGGAGAAAAGACAUAUGCCACAGCCAGUAGUUGAAGAAGAAGAGCACGAAAAAGGAAAAGAAGAGGACUCUGGAGAACACACCCGCAACUACAAUUGCUCUCAGUUACACAGCAUAGACAUACAUAGGCUCUCUCGCUCACUCACUCACAAACUGAAGCUCAAUUGCGCUCAAAUUAGCUCACUAAAGCGCAAAAAAACGAUUGACCAGAAAAGUGUGUUUCGCGCAACGGCACAGUAGUGGGUGUAAACGUGAGCAUUGGCAGUGGGCAGCCAUGACAAUCAUACUCUUCCUGGUGGACACCUCGUCGUCCAUGUGCCAGAAGGCGUAUGUGAAUGGUGUGCAAAAGACAUAUUUGGAUAUAGCCAAAGGUGCAGUCGAGACAUUUCUGAAAUAUCGCCAACGCACACAGGAUUGCCUAGGCGAUCGGUAUAUGCUGCUCACGUUCGAGGAGCCGCCGGCAAACGUGAAAGCCGGCUGGAAGGAGAAUCAUGCGACAUUCAUGAACGAGCUAAAAAAUCUCCAAAGCCACGGCCUCACCUCAAUGGGCGAGUCGCUGCGCAACGCCUUCGAUUUGCUCAACUUGAAUCGGAUGCAAUCGGGCAUCGACACCUACGGCCAGGGGCGUUGCCCCUUUUAUCUGGAGCCAUCGGUCAUUAUUGUGAUCACUGACGGUGGCCGCUAUUCGUAUCGAAACGGUGUCCACCAGGAGAUCAUAUUGCCGCUCAGCAAUCAAAUACCCGGCACAAAAUUCACGAAAGAGCCAUUCCGCUGGGACCAGCGUCUCUUCUCGCUCGUACUGCGCAUGCCGGGUAACAAGAUCGACGAGCGAGUCGAUGGGAAGGUGCCGCACGACGACUCGCCCAUUGAGCGCAUGUGUGAGGUAACGGGCGGUCGAUCCUACCGGGUGCGCAGCCAUUACGUGCUCAAUCAGUGCAUCGAGAGCCUGGUGCAGAAGGUGCAGCCAGGUGUUGUGCUGCAAUUCGAGCCCAUGCUGCCCAAGGAGUCGACAACAGCAACAGCAGCAGCAGCAGCGGCAACAACAACAAUAACAACAGCAACAGUGGCGGCUCGAACAGCAGCACCCACAGCGGACAUUGUCUUUCAGCCGAUCAAGAAGAUGAUCUACGUGCAGAAGCACAUCACACAGAAGACCUUCCCCAUUGGCUAUUGGCCACUGCCGGAGCCCUAUUGGCCCGACUCGAAGGCGAUCACCUUGCCACCGCGCGAUGCGCAUCCCAAGCUGAAGAUACUAACGCCCGCCGUAGAUGAGCCACAGCUGGUGCGUAGCUUUCCCGUGGACAAGUACGAGAUCGAGGGCUGCCCGCUGACGCUGCAGAUACUCAACAAGCGGGAGAUGAACAAGUGCUGGCAGGUGAUCGUCACGAAUGGCAUGCACGGCUUCGAGCUGCCCUUCGGGUACCUGAAGGCCUCGCCGAACUUCAGCCAGGUGCACCUGUACGUGCUGGCGUACAACUAUCCGGCACUGCUGCCGCUCCUGCACGACCUCAUCCACAAGUACAACAUGAGUCCGCCGAACGAUCUCAUGUACAAGUUCAAUGCCUACGUCCGAUCCAUACCGCCCUAUUACUGCCCCUUUUUGCGCAAGGCCUUGGUCAACAUCAAUGUGCCGUAUCAGCUGCUGCAGUUCCUGUUGCCGGAGAAUGUGGACAACUAUUUGUCACCGACGAUAGCGAACCAGCUGAAGCACAUCAAGAACACGGCCAAGCAGGAUCAGGAGAAUCUCUGUCUGAAGGUCUACAAACAGCUGAAGCAACCAAAGCCGCCCUAUCGCCAAGUGGAAACGGCCAAAUUGUGCACGGGCGCAGCGCUGCGCCGGGAUCUGGUGCGGCAUCCGCUGUUGCGGGAUACGUUCGCCAAGCUCCACGCGGAGAUCGAGCCCGUGGAGAACUAUACGAUUGUGGUGCCGCAGCUGACGCAUCAGUCGUCCGCAAAGUCGUACCGCAAUCCGUUCGAUAUACCCAGGCGGGAUCUGGUGGAUGAGAUAGCGCGCAUGCGCGAGACGUUCAUGCGGCCCACCAGCAUGGUGGCCAAGGACUCGGGCCACUGUCUGCCCAUUGCCGAGAUGGGCAACUACCAGGAGUAUCUGAAGAACAAGGACAAUCCGCUGCGGGAGAUUGAGCCGACGAAUGUGCGCCAGCACAUGUUCGGCAAUCCGUAUAAGAAGGACAAGCACAUGGUCAUGGUGGAUGAGGCCGAUCUCAGCGAUGUGGCGCCCAUGAAGAGCGGCAACAAUUCGAACGGCGGCAACGGCGCCAGCUCGCCCUCGUCCAGCGGCAGCAACUCAAGCGGCAUGGGUCCAGUCGGUGGCGGCGGCAUGUCCGGCUUAAUGCUGGGCGGCGGCAAUGGACUGGGCGGCCCCAUGGGCCCCAUCUCCAAGAAGCUGGAGAGCACGUCGCGUGGACGCAAACGCAAAGCGGGUCCAUUGCCACGCGCCUUUGAGUUUCGGCGCAUGUCCGUCGACUCGUUGCGCAGCUCCAGCUCUAGCCCCAGCUCGAUAGGCGGCGGCUCGGCCAGCAGCAGCGUGUCGGAGCUGGACCUCGAUGAGGAUAGCAACAGUAGCUACGGCUCCGAGGCGUCCCACAGCAGCAUCAACAGCAACAGCAGCAGCAACAGUAGCAGCAGCAGCAUCAUCAUGAACAGCAGCAGCAGCAACAGCAGCGGCCUUAGCAGCAACAACAUGAGCAUCGCCAGUGGCAACAGCGACUCCGGCAUGUCUGUUGGCUCGCAUACGCCGGAGCGCAUGACCUUUGACUUUAGCGAGGAGGAAGUCAGCGACCAGGAGACGCCUCUCAACGGCUACGUGCACAACUUUAUCAAUGGCAUCAGCGAUGAAGAGCGCGCCAACGAAGCGGACAAUAACCCCAGCAGCAGCAACAGCAGCAGCAACAACAGCAACAACAAUAACAAUAAUAACAACAGCAGUAGCAAUAACAACAACUCGGCAACAGCUGGCAAUAGCAGCAUCAGCAGUAGCAGCAGCAUCGCAGCAAUUGCUGCCAGCAAUGGUGUGCCUGAGCUGAGCAUUAGCAGCAGCAGCAGCAGCAGCAGCAUCAACAAUGGCAGCAGCAGCAGCAACAGCAGCCAUCACAAUGCCUUCAACAGUAGCAGCGGCGUCUUCUACUUGCCACUCAAUGGCCUAACCAUGCAGCAUGCGGCCUAUAGCAGCAAUGUGGGCACGCACACGCCCAUGGACAGUCCGCUGCAUAUGCUGGAGAGCGCAACGGGAAUGCAUAAGGUUGGUGGGGGCGUGGCAGCAAUGCCACCACUGCUGCUGGUGCCCAAUGGGUAUCCGAGUCAGCAUGCGGCAAUGUUGUCGCCGCCACCAGUGCCAGUGGCAACAGCAGCAGCCGCAGCAGCAGCAGCGGCAACCGUGACACCAGCAGCACCAGCAGCAACAACAACGGCCAACAGCAGCUCAAAUACGGCAACAACAUCAACGGCAAAUCCAACAACAUACUUCAGUCAUAACGAUAUCAAUGAUGCCUCCGAGAUCUCGCGCAUAUUGCAAACGUGCCACAAUGGCAACAGCAGCAGCACAAUCAACACCAGCAGCAGUAGCAACAGUAACAACAACAACAACAACAUCAGCAGUAGCAGCAGCAGCAAUAGCAGCAGCAACAACAGCAGUAGCAGUAGCAAUAAUCAUCUAGUAAAUGGCUUUCGCAUGGAUCUGGAUCCCAUAUCGUGGAACUGCUUUGAUGCACUGAAGCGCACGCCCGGUGGCAGCAGCAGCAGCACAACAACGCCCAGCUGGGGCAGCUGGGGUAGCGGCUUGACCAAUAGUAACAACACCAACAACAACGGCAGCAAUAAUAACAGCAGCAAUAACAACAUCAGCAACAGCAACAGCAGCAACAACAAUAGCAAUCAUAAUCGAGCCUACAACAACAGUAGCCCAAAGCUGGAGCCCAAAGCAUCACCGACACACGUCGGCAACAACAACAACAACAACAACAACAAUAGCAACAAUGCCAGCAACAACACUAUUGGCAGCAACAGCAAUUCUAUCAAUGACAACGGCGACAUCCGCAGCUCACCGGAACUGAUCCUGACCGAGGAACAGCGCGAAGCAGCACGCAAACAUAAUAUCGAUUUGCGAAUGCAGGUCUUUCGAGAUAUACGACGACCCGGCCGGGACUAUAGCCAGCUGCUGGAGCAUUUGAAUAUGGUGAAGGGCGAUCUGGAGAUGAAAUCCGAUUUUAUAGAUAUGUGCAUUAGCGAAUCGAUGCGCUUCCGGCGACACCAAAUGGUCAACAGCAUACAGGAGUGGUGGGAGCGCAACCAGCAACAGCUUGAGAUAUCAAAGAGUUAACGUUGGCUGCUCUGGAACUGAGUGUGCAAUAUCAGCAGCAACAGCAGCAGCAGCAGAAGCAGAAGCAGAAGCAGAAGCAGCAACCACAACAACAGCUCGCAACAACAUUUAAUAUGUCUGUGAUGUCAACAACAAACAACACAAAAGCUAAACCAGCCCUCAACUGAACAUCAGUUUUAGAUGUUCGAU